AAAGACUUAAAGAGGUGCUGCCUGUUUGACACUCAGCAGUAGAAAUGGCAGAAAGGGAGAGGAAGAAGAAGAAAAGGUCUACCUCUGCAGCCUCAGGCCCUUCCUCCAUGUCUGAAGAGCCAAUCAGCUCCUGCAGUGAGCCAUCAAUCAGUUCUGAGGCGAGUGAAAGUGAGUCUGCAGCUCCCAGCCAUGUUUCUAUGAAGAGUGAUCGAUCCAUAUACAAUCCUCUCAACUUUGGAGUGAAGACACAGAAAUGUUCUGAAGCGAGCGUUACUGAGUCUGCGGCUCCCAGUUUUGUUUCUAUGAAGAGUGAUCAAUCCAUGUACGAGCCCCUCACUUUUGAGACAAAGACACAAAGGCAACUGAUUGGGGAGCCAUCUAGCUGUUCAGUGUGUAAUGAGGAUCUGAGGGAUCCAGUCCAUUUCUCCUGCGGACACUGGACUUGCAAGCAGUGUGUCAGUUCAGAAUGGGACCAUUCUGACCCACCAGCAGACUACCCCUGCCCUGAAUGUGUAAAGAAACUCAGAAAACCCCAACAAAAUACAGACGAAGACACGGGUAAAGCAAAGAAAGCAAAACAUUUCAAAAGAAUAAUGCAAAAGAACAAAUCUGAUGAAAAUGAUGACCAAGACAGCUCUGUAGAAGAAAUCUACACAGCACUCCACAUCACUACUGGAGAGAGUUUUGGGCUUCAUGAAGAACAUGAGGUCAGAUACUUCAAACAUAAACUGGACAAGAACUCUUUGAGCGAUGUGGACCUCAAUGAUAUCUUCAAACCUUUGCCUGGCCAAGAGAAACCCCACAGGACAGUCCUGACGAAGGGCGUAGCAGGAAUUGGAAAAUCUUUUGCUGUGCAGAAGUUUGUUCGUGACUGGGCCCAAGAAGAAGCAAACCUGGACAUUGAUUUUGUUUUCAGUUUUGCUUUUCGAGAGCUAAAUUUGACUACAGAUGAGAAAAGCUUGCUUGAGCUCCUGACUGAAUUCCACCCUGCUCCCCUGAGUCUGAAAGAUACAGAGGAUUUCGUCAAAGACAGGGUUUUGGUGAUCCUGGACGGCCUGGAUGAAAGCAGACUUCAACUGGACUUUGAGAACUGUAAGAAAGUAACGUCUCCCAGUGAAGUAACAUCUGUGGAUAAUCUCCUUACAAACCUCAUCCAGGGAAACCUUCUUCCUAAUGCUAAGAUCUGGAUAACUUCCCGUCCAGCAGCAGCCAAUCAGAUCCCUGCAGAGUACAUCGACAUGGUGACGGAGAUAAGAGGGUUCAAUGACCCACAAAAAGAGGAAUACUUCAGGAGGAGAUUUAGUCAAGACUUGAGCCUGGCCGACAGCAUCACUUCACACAUCCAGUCUUCAGAGAGUCUCGACAUCAUGUGCCACAUCCCGAUCUUCUGCUGGAUUUCUGCCGUAUUAUUUGAGGAGGUCUUUGGGGGAGACGAGAAAGCAGAAUCUCCUCAAACUCUGACAGAAAUGAUGGCACAUUUCCUGUUUGUCCAGACAAAACGCAGAAGUAGAAAAUAUGAUCAGAAGACAGAGAAAAACAAAGAGCAAUUUCUCAAGUCACAGAAAGAAUUUCUCAUGAAACUCGGCAAGCUUGCAUUUGAUCAGCUGCUGCAGAACAACCUCAUCUUCUAUGAGGAAGACUUUGAAGGAUGUGGCAUCAACAUAACUGAAGCAGUGAUCUACUCUGGAUUUUGCAACACAGUUCUCAGAGAAGAAAAAAUGUUUUCUCAGAAAAAGGUCUUCUUCUUUGUGCACCUGACCAUACAGGAGUUCCUUGCAGCUCUUUAUGUCUACGACUGUUUCACAAACAAGAAAACAACUGAGCUUAGCAGCUUCCUCGAUCUGAAGCAGGGAGAACAUUCACUGCUCGAUCUUCUAAAGAUGACAGUUGACAAAGUGCUGGAGGAGAAGAACGGCCACCUGGACUUCUUCUUGCGAUUCCUCUUUGGCCUCUUGGUCGAAUCCAACCGAAGAGUCAUUCAGGGUCUGCUGACAUCGCCAGAUCCAAGUCAAGAUACCGACAAGAAAGUCCUGAGUCACCUCAAAGCCAUCCGAAGGAAGACCCUCUCUCCAGACAGUUGCAUCAACCUCUUCCAGACCAUGGUUGAAAUGAGAGACAACAAAGUCAAAGAUGAGAUUCAGGAAUAUCUCAGAUUGUCAGAUCAGGAGAAAAAGGGGCUGACUCCCCUGCACUGCUCUGCAGCGGCCUACAUGCUACAGGUUUCAAAAAGUGAUGUGGAGGUGUUGGACUUGAAGAGUUACAACACGUCAGAUGAAGGCAGAAGGAGACUAAUACCAGCUGUGAGGAGCAGCAAAAAGGCCAUACUAGCAGACUGCAAAGUGACAGCAGAGUGGGUUAAGCUCCUGGCCUUUGGACUCAAGUUCCCCUACUCACCUCUAAGAGAUCUGGACCUGAGCAACAAUGAUCUGAAAGAUUCAGGAGUGGAGUUCCUCUGUGAAGGACUGUCAAGUCAAUGGUGCAAACUGAAGAAACUGAGGUUGUCAGGUUGUCAGAUCACAGAGAUCGGCUGUGCUUCUCUGGUGUCAGCCCUGAAAUCAAACCCCUCCCAUCUGGAAGAGUUGGACCUGAGUUACAACCAUCCAGGAGAUUCAGGAGUGAAGCAGCUCUCUGACCUGAAGGAUGAGCCACAUUACAAGCUCAAUGAUCUCAACAUUGAGCAUGGUGGAAGUCACCGGAUGAAACCAGGAUUUAAGAAGUAUGCCCGCAAACUCACUCUGGACCCCAAAACAGCCCACAAGAACCUCCGUCUGUCUGAGGGGAACAGAAAGGUGACCAGGGUGAAAGAGGAGCAGUCAUAUCCUGAUGAUCCAGAGAGGUUUGAUCUCUGCCCACAAGUGCUUUGUAAGGAGGGUCUAAAUCAGCGCUGCUACUUGGAGGUGGAGGUGGAUGAACCAUUUAACAUUGGGGUAACAUACAAAACCAUCAGCAGAAAAGGGGAUGUGAAUGAUUGCAAGCUGGGUCAAAAUGAUAAGUCUUGGUCUCUGGUUGGCUCUGAUGACGGUUGUUACGUUAUGCACAACAACAAGAGUACCAGCGUAGGUUCACUCUGUUCACGCUCCAGUCGGUUAGGAGUGUAUCUGGACUGGCCAGCCGGCACUCUGUCCUUCUACAGAGUUUCCUCUGACAGUCGAACUCACCUGCAUACCUUCAAAGCAGAGUUCAGUGAGCCCCUCUAUCCUGCUGUUGAAUUUGUAACUCAGUCCUCUGCUUUGUUUUGUCAGCUAACGUAAGCAGAAAACUGCAACUCAGCCAAGAUCUGCAUGUGAAUGAUCGGCACAUGUCGUUUUAGACGCACAAAGGAUUAGCUGCUCCUAUUCGUCUGUAGCAUGUCUGUUCAAAGCAGAGUUGUUG